AUGCCUACCCAUCCGUCCUUUCUCAUUCUCCUACUACUUCAAUGGAUGCAGUAUGCUCUGGCCGCUCCGCCCAACAAGCAAGGGGCGGCCGGUGAACUCAUCGCCCUCACUCCGGUACCUCUGACCAAAGCUGCCUCUCCACCGCCGACCAAACAAGGCGGCAAGCCUUCCAUCCUUCAUGAACCCCGACCUCCUAUCCAGAGCGUCUGGCUCGUCGUGCCGCAGACCAUGGCGCAGGUGCAGCAGGAUGGCGGCAUCCACCCGCAAGGCACCACGGGGACGAGCGUUUAUCAGCACGUUAAAGGCGCUAGAGAUAGCAUCUACGUUACCGUGUACGAAACCGAGGAGGCUGCCCUGGCCGCGUUUGACGGCAGUGCCGAAGGAACUCUCGUCAACAUUAACGCGCUGGAAAACACCAUCCCCGUGGCCGAAACACUAAACUGGCUUCCGAUUGCGAAGUUGAACCAGUACGUUUCCAUCGGAGGCAUCAGGCUGGCGCAAAUCAUAUCGUCGGUCGACCUGGUCCACGGACAAAUCCCGUCAGCCGGCAAACGGGUGGAUGUGCCAAAUGCGCAAUACAGGCGAAUGCUUUUCAGUAGCGAGGUAUCCGGAAACGGAUGCCCGCAGCUGGCAGGUUUGCCGACGAACCAUCCCGCCAUCGGCCAAGCGCCGUUCAGCAACUUUGAUCAGACAAAGAGCGACAUGUACGUGGACGAGUACAUGAAGGUGCACGGUAAAACGGUGCAGUACCGCGGAAAAUUCCCGCUGAUCAUACCGCCCUCCGAGAUCGACGUGGCCUAUGCCAAGAUUAGCAAGGCCGGGGUGGAAAUCAAGAGUGCCGAGACAGCGGCGAAGGAAGCCAAGCAAGCCGGCGACUCGGACAUGGCCAACAAUGCAUUGGCAAAGGCGCAGGCGGGAAGCUUCAAGAUCCGAAGCGAGCUACGAAAGCAAGCGAACAUUAUUUUCGAUUCCAUGUACCUCAACCGCCCUCUGUUCGACAAGUCGUGGAAGGAGGCUGUCGACUAUUUUCUGACGGCCGAAGGUGUCCAUUCCAUUGCGUGGGAGACGUCUGUCGCGAAUCUCCAGAAGCGCGUCGUUCUCGGCAAGGACAAGGCGGACGGCGGCACGUUGGAGGUGAAGAAAGCAUCCGCGUUGGAGAUGAAGGCGGCCGUCGACGAGGCCAAGACAUAUGCGGCAAGGAUGCACGCGAGGCAUCUCCAAACGGAGAAUCGAAUAUCGGAGCUUGACGCGGCGAAAAGCCAGGCAAAACUUGACCCUGCCGCCAACGUCAUGGCCGGAACUCUCUGGCUAGGAUACUUUCGGGAGUCGAAGCCCGAAGCCAUCUAUCGGGAACGUGACCUGCGCAGGAAGAUAUCGACGCUUCAGCUCACCUCUCACGGCCUCCUCUUGGGCAUGUGUGAAUCGGCAGAGAACUACCUGAAGCAGCUGAACAAAGAGAUUGAGCGGGAAGAAGGAAAGGAGGGCGGCAAGGAGACGAAGCAAGGACCAGAGACGGUCGUUGACGCACAGAAAGCAGCAAAGGCCCAGAAGGCGAUGCAAGAGGCACAGAAAAUCCAAGAUGGCCAAGAAGAGGGCUCUUGGAUUGGCGUCACACUUAAAGCAGUAGGAGUGGCAGUGGGCGUUGUUGCUGCCGCCGAUGUUGCCACGGCCGGAACAUCCUACCUCGCGGGCGGCCCGGCGGCAGGCGUAUUUGUCAACUUUGGCUUUCAGGCAUCUCCUGUUCCUACCAGCGAGGAAGUUUUCGCAUAUGGCAUCUCCAGACUGUCACAGGCUCGGUCGCAGCAAGUCGCCAUCAGCGACACAGAGCGCCUCAUCGAACCUGAUAUCGAGGAAGCGGUAUCCCGAGCGGCACAACGAUUCGGCAAGAAAAAGACAAAAGUGAAGGCCGCCGGCGGGUUGGCGCCGUCGAAGCGCCGUCGACGACGAGCGGAGGGCAAUGAGAGGCGGAACAAUGAUCAAAUCGAGGAUCGAGAGCCGGAGGAAAUGCUCGAGGCGAAAGUUCGCAUAGGUGGCCGAAUUGUGAAAAGGGCUGUGGUGGCCGGCAUCCAAGAAGCUCUCAAGAAAAUGGACCUUUGA